AUGAGAUUCGGCGGCCUCCUGGUGCUGGCCGUUUCCACGUGCCCCUGGUCCUUCUCCACGUGGCCGCUUCCACGUGGCCGCAGCCAGCCGGCCCUGCAGGCGAUCGCGGAGCCGCGGGCGCCGCGGCUAGGCACUGAGAACGUCAAGAUGCUGAGGAAGAAAGAAAACAGAGGCUUGCAAAGUGCCGCAGGGGCCCUUUGGCUGCUGACUGGCUGCAUGCUGAUGGCUCGUGGUGGUCGCUAUUUAUGGCAAGCUUUGCAGAAUGGCACCACUGGAAGGGCCGUCUCCUUAGCCCUGGCCUUGGGCCUCUGUGGCGGCUUGGCCAAGGGCCGUUUCGUCCUUUCCAAGACGGCGCUGCGCAACAAGCGCCGGCUGCAGCGCUUGGAGAACGCACGGCCCUGGCAGGUGUUUGCGCCAGGCUUCUAUCCUCUCAUCAUACUGAUGAUGGGCACGAGUGUAGCUCUCAAGAAAGUCUUUGGCUCCGGCUUCGGUGGUGGAAUGGUGACCUAUGGUGGCAUCGUCACGGGCAUCGGCACGGGCUUGGUGGUGAGUUCCUUGACGUAUUGGUUCGAGAACUUUGGCAGCGCAGCCAAACGUGUCUGGGCCGGCUUGCUCCGUUCCGUCCUCCGCAGUGCUGCCAAGCAGUUGCGUGUGGACCGUGAGACGGUGCUCUUCCUUCAGGGGGAUUUGAAUAGCCGGACCUUGCUGGAAGGCCGCGGCAAGGAUCUGCUUUCGGAGGUCUUGAAGGACUUUCCGCUGCAACGUGCCAUCCAACGCGGCUUGGACUUGCCCAGUGGAAGGUGGUACGAGGCUGCCUUCCCGGAUGCCGAGAGAGGUGCGCUGCAACUUCCUGUGACCUACAAGUUCAAGACGAACUCCCAAACUUCGCCAUUGAGGAUUGGUGAUGUAAUGGAGGAAGCUGGCAAAGCCAGGCUUUUCCCCAAUUCGGUGGGCAGUGAAACGCAUUCUCCGCGGAAGUAUCGCGAAAUGCUGGUGGAUGCUCAAGAUGCCUGCGGCCGCUGGGGCCUGGCAUUUCGAAAGUCUUCCUUCAGACCUUUUCGCUUUCCUGCAUGUGCUGACCGCAUGAUCUUCUGGGCCCCCGAUGUCUUGGGAGCGCGUCUUUCCUGGGAAACAGAUGGUGGCUACAAGGUGAACUACGAGCAGCAGGGAAGUGAUCACAAGCCUGUUUGGAUGGACCUUCUCCUGCGCGUGGCUCCACCUACAGAAACGUCCGCCUCAGAUGAAGUGGAUGAAGACGACUUGGCAGUUUCGGUGGAAGAAGCAGCUUCUCCAGCCACUCGAAGCGCUUGGUGGGCAAGGCGUGCCAGGGCUCAGCCACAUAACUGGAAUUGGACGCCGGACAAAGAUGCGGUCGAUUGCGAGAUUUGCGAUGUGCCCUUCUCGCUGUUUCGGCGGCGCCAUCAUUGUCGGUAUUGUGGCCGUUGCAUUUGUGACACCUGCAGCCCUGUUGCCUGCUGGCGAAUCUUGCCAGAGCUGGAUGCCUCUCGCGCAAGCCGUGUGUGCAUCGAAUGCUCGUCCCAGAGUGUUGCAGAAGAGCCUGAGUGA